GAUAUCUAGACACCUCACAAUAAACGACACGACGUGUACUCUUUAGUCACCAUGCAGAUUCCUUUUUUUUUUGUUUCCCAUCACUUCUCACUUUACCUCCUCAAAAGAUUCCUCGGAUCAACAAUGGCUAUGGCUACGCGCGCGAUCCGCUGCCAGGUACCGUCUCUGGUUACCAGAUGCGAAUCAUCGGAACCGAUUAAGCAGAUCCAGAUCCAGCAGCGGCCGAGAGGAGGCGAUUUAGCCGAGAACGGGAAGAUCGUGCUUCAGCCGAGGCUCUGCACGCUUAGAUCUUACGGAUCUGAGAUGAUCGUCGCUAAAAAAGACGGCGGCAGAGGCGGAGACGAAGGAUCUGAGGUCGAGUUAGCAUCGCCGUUUUUCGAGACGCUCACUGAUUACAUCGAGAGCUCGAAAAAGAGUCAGGACUUCGAAACCAUCUCCGGCCGUCUCGCCAUGAUCGUUUUCGCGGCGACUGUGGCGGAGGAGGUUGUUACGGGGAACUCGCUGUUCAAGAAACUUGACGUGGAAGGGUUGAGUGAAGCUAUUGGAGCGGGACUUGGAGCUAUGGGAUGCGCAGCGGUGUUCGCGUGGCUAACGAUCUCGAGGAAGAGAGUUGGGCGGAUCUUUACAGUGAGUUGCAACUCGUUUAUUGACUCGUUGGUUGAUCAGAUCGUUGAUGGGUUGUUCUACGACACCAAGCCUAGUGAUUGGUCCGACGAAAUCUAAAUCUGUUUAUAGAUGUACCAAUACAAAUGUAUAAUUAGUGUAUAAACGUCGUCUAUAAUAGUAUACUACGUACUAUAGCUGUUGUUGAUCUUCAAUUAUAAUUUCUUCAUGGUGGUUGAUGAAGAUGAUAUUGAAAGGUCUGUAAGUUGUUCGACCUAUAUAUAUCAAUAUAUAAGAAAUAAUCUGCGACUGGA